AUGGCCACAAGAAGCAAGAAGCUCUUGUGCUUUGUUUUUGUGAUCUUCACGGUUCUCUUGAGUUGCUGCUCCGCGACGGUAUACAAAGUCGGAGACUCAGACGGAUGGACUUCGAAGGAAGGCGUCUACUACGAUUGGGACCAAGGUAAGGAGUUUCCACGUCGGUGA